UGCAGUUCGUGCUUCUGCCCUCCCACCCUUAAAAAACACCAAAAAAUUUCUCCUUUUCCUCUCCGUCGUCUAGCCGUCCGGUAGUUCCCCGUCUCCGGUCGCCGACGAUUCUAUCCCUCCUAUAUCCUAUCCCCCGUCCCCUCUCCUCUUUUAUUUAUCCCUCAGAUUAUACCCUAGAAUUUUGCCCUCUAUUACCUAUCCGGUUUUCGUUUUUAGGAUCGCAUUCGGGAGAAAGAGUGGCGCCGUGAUAGCCACAGUGUUUCCGAUUCUUAUAUAAUCGCAACGAGGAGAGUGGGGAACGGAGAAAAAAAUAUAAAAAAAAUUUGGUUCUAGGAAGAAGAAGAAGAAGAAAGGAGUGGGAUUUGCAGAAGGGUUUGUAAGUUCUGAGAUGGCGCAGAUUCAGGUGCAGCGACAGCAGGCGGCGGCGACGGGAGCGGCUGCUCCUCCGUCUCCUCAGUCGAUGCCUACUCAGAACGGAGUGGCUGGUGGUGCGGUGGCGACUGGGCCGAUCCCUUUCGGUUCCACCUCGCUGUACGUGGGGGAUCUUGAUCCCAACGUUUCUGAGGCGCAGCUCGCCGAUCUGUUUGGUCAAGUCGGCCAGCUGGUGUCCAUUCGUGUCUGCAGGGACCAGAAUACCCGGCGGUCUCUUGGCUAUGCUUAUAUUAACUUUACCAAUGGCCAGGAAGCUGCAAGGGCAUUGGACUUGCUGAACUUCACUCCACUCAACAACAAGUCUAUCAGGAUCAUGUAUUCACACAGGGAUCCGAGUCUUCGUAAGAGUGGUGCUGGAAAUAUCUACAUCAAGAACCUUGACAAGGCCAUUGAUCACAAAGCUUUACAUGAAACUUUCUCUGCCUUUGGCAACAUUCUGUCAUGCAAAGUGGCUACUGAUGCUUCUGGACAGUCCAAGGGUUAUGGUUUUGUUCAGUACGACACUGAGGAAGCUGCUAAGAAUGCUAUUGACAAGUUGGAUGGUAUGCUGAUGAAUGAUAAGCAAGUUUAUGUCGGACCCUUUGUCCGUAAGCAGGAGAGAGAUAGUUCUAUGAGUAAUACAAGAUUCAAUAAUGUAUUUGUGAAAAAUCUUUCCGAAUCAACUGCGGAUGAGGACUUGAAGAAGGUCUUUGGAGAGUAUGGUGCAAUUACUAGUGCUGUGGUGAUGCGGGAUGGAGAUGGGAAGUCUAGGUGUUUUGGGUUUGUUAAUUUUGAAAAUGCAGAUGAUGCAGCUAAAGCUGUUGAGGCUCUUAACGGGAAAAAAUUUGAUGACAAAGAAUGGUUUGUUGGAAAGGCUCAGAAGAAAUCUGAAAGAGAGCAAGAACUGAAAGGCCGAUUUGAGCAAACUAUGAAGGAAGCUGUUGAUAAGUACCAAGGACUCAAUCUCUACAUCAAGAAUUUGGAUGACAGCAUAUCUGAUGAAAAGCUCAAGGAGUUGUUUUCUGAAUUUGGUACCGUCACAUCAUGCAAGGUUGUGCGUGAUCCAAGUGGAAUUAGCAAAGGUUCAGGAUUUGUUGCAUUUGCUACACCUGAAGAGGCCUCACGAGCUAUUAAUGAGAUGAAUGGAAAGAUUAUUGUUAGCAAACCUCUGUAUGUUGCGCAUGCUCAACGCAAGGAGGAUCGUCGUGCAAGGCUUCAGGUUCAUUAUUUAUCAUGUUGAUGGAUGGUGUACUUGAUUGAAAAUAUCAUAUACAUUUCCCAACCAUAAAAAGUUAAAACUCUUGCAGAGACAUUUCGGUCAUAUAUGAUUUAUGUUGCUGGAUCUUCCACUUGUUCAUAUUUUGUGGUGUAUGGGAGCUCAAUCUGCUCAACUGUCUUUUUGUCCCAAAUGAGGCCAUUGUGGUUGACUAUUGGCGUUUUACAGGCUCAGUUUUCCCAAAUGAGGCCAGUUCCAAUGCCUCCUGCAGUUGGCCCUCGUAUGCCUAUGUUUCCUCCGGGUGCCCCUGGGCUUGGGCAGCAGUUCAUGUAUGGGCAAGGUCCUCCAGCCAUGAUUCCCACUCAGGGUGGGUUUGGCUACCAGCAGCAACUUGUGCCAGGGAUGAGGCCUGGCGGUGGUCCGAUGCCGAACUACUUUGUUGUCCAAGGUCAGCAAGGCCAACGCCCUGGUGGCCGCCGUGGAGGUCCAGUGCAGCAAUCACAACAGCCGGUUCCCAUGAUGCCCCAGCAGAUGAUGCCUAGGGGUGGACGUGGCUACCGUUACCCUCCUGGUCGCAACAUGUCGGAAGUUCCCAUGCAAGGCGGAGGCAUGAUCUCUGUUCCCUAUGACAUGGGCGGCAUGGGGAUGCGUGAGGCCGCAGCUGGGGGGCAACCUAUGCCCAUCACUGCUCUUGCAUCAGCCCUUGCCAAUUCAACUCCUGAACAACAGCGAACUUUGCUGGGUGAAAGCCUGUAUCCACUAGUGGAGCAGCUGGAGCAUGACUCUGCGGCCAAGGUCACCGGGAUGCUUCUGGAGAUGGAUCAGACCGAGGUCCUGCACUUGCUCGAGUCGCCGGAGGCCCUGAAGGCUAAAGUAGCAGAAGCAAUGGACGUGCUGAGGAACGUGUCUGCUGCUGCUCAUCCUCAGGCAAACAACGCGGCUGAUCAGCUCUCUUCGCUGAACCUGAAUGAUGGGAUUGUGCCCUAGAGUAGUCGCACCUUCGUGAAUGGAUGAAUAAAGAGUGCAAGGAGUGUUGCACCACCGUUGAGACACUUUUUAUUUGGCGUUUUCGUUUGUUGGCAAAGAGGGUUCGUUCUCUUUUCGACAUUUCGGAACUCUGUUGGGUCUUUCCUGUGCGGGUGCUUUGAGUUGGUUUCCAAACUCGUUUUGUUCAGUCAUGUUUUAGGAUGCAAUACUUUUUUCUAUUUUCAUGUUGGUGUUCUUUUGAAUUUGGUUGGUCUGCGGAAUUUUGGGUUUGAACUUCCCGUAAACUACCAUUGGUUUGUUAUCUCUUGCGAUUUAUUUCCGGUUUAGCUUGUCUCGUUGAUCAAGCGGUGUCCCACUGCUUUCGUUGCUUCUCCAACCGAGAGGUAGCGAAACUCAGAAAACUUUGCGUACACAAUGAUCUUCAGAUCAUACCUAUUGCAUCCUUUCCUACCUUUGCUUACUGC